UCGAAAGUCUUGUAACACUUUCAUUUAGAGUAAUGUUUAUUGGGAGGUAGUAAUGUCUAGAUGGAUUCUAAUGUUUGAAACUGUUAGAAACGAUUCUGGCUAUCUGGGCAUAUCAAUGAACAUAUAAACAAACCACACGGCCGAGAAGUGCAAAAACUCAAGAUUCGUAAAUGAGAGUAAAGCUUCUUUGCUUGUGCCUUUAUUAGCUGUGUGGGGAAGAGAGAGAGAGAGAGUGGAAGAUGGGUGGUGGCGAGAUGCGAUGGAUGAUGAUGGGGUUGGUGGCUUUGGUGACGAUGAUGUGUGGGACAUCGAGCGGCAUCGGAGCGAACUGGGGCACUCAGAGCUCACACCCUCUGCCUCCGGACGUGGUGGUUCGGCUUCUCCGAGACAAUGGUAUUCAGAAAGUGAAGCUCUUCGACGCCGAUUACGACACUCUAAGGGCUCUGGGCAAAUCUGGCAUCGAAGUCAUGGUGGGUAUCCCCAACGACAUGCUCUCCUCUCUUGCCUCUAGCCUCAAAGCCGCCGAGAAAUGGGUUUCCAAGAAUGUUUCUACUCACCUCUCCACCGACACUGUCAACAUCAGAUAUGUAGCUGUCGGCAAUGAACCUUUCUUGGAAACAUAUAACGGAAGCUAUCUCAAGACCACUUUCCCUGCCCUCCGCAACAUCCAAAUCGCCUUAGUCAAAGCUGGGCUACAGAACCAAGUGAAAGUGACGGUCCCCUUAAAUGCUGAUGUCUAUGAGAGCUCCACUGGCCUCCCAUCUGGUGGAGACUUCAGAUCAGAUAUUCGUGAUCUGAUGAUCACUAUUGUGAAGUUCUUAAGUGACAAUGGUGGCCCCUUCACCGUGAACAUCUAUCCUUUCAUCAGUCUAUACAUUGACGCCAAUUUCCCAGUGGAGUAUGCUUUCUUUGAUGGGAAUUCCUCGCCUCUGAACGAUGGUGGUACAUAUUACUAUAACAUGUUUGAUGCCAACCACGACACUUUAGUUCAUGCCCUACAGAAGAAUGGAUUUGGGAACAUGCCUAUUAUAGUCGGGGAGAUAGGAUGGCCUACUGACGGGGACAGGAAUGCAAACAUAGAGUAUGCAAGGAGGUUCAACCAAGGGUUCAUGUCCCAUAUAUCGGGUGGCAAGGGGACUCCAAUGAGACCCGGUCCUAUCGACGUCUAUUUAUUCAGCUUGAUUGACGAGGAUGCGAAAAGCAUUCAGCCAGGCAACUUUGAACGCCACUGGGGAAUAUUCACGUACGACGGGAGACCAAAGUACCAGUUGAACCUUGGGACAACAAAUUCAGGAGCUCUGAUCCCUGCCAAAGGGGUAAGGUAUCUGGAGCAGAAAUGGUGUAUAAUGAAGCCUAACGCAAAGCUAGAUGACCCGCAAGUGGCGCCGAGUGUGAGUUACGCAUGUGGGCUUGGGGACUGCACCAGCCUUGGGUACGGUACAUCUUGCGGGAAUCUGGACGCUCGGGGGAACAUUUCAUAUGCCUUCAACAGUUACUUUCAGAUACAAGACCAGCAGGAUAGUGCGUGUAAAUUCCCAAACAUAUCAAUGAUAAUCAAGACAGAUCCGUCAAGAGGAAGCUGCAAGUUUCCGAUUAUGAUAGAGCCUUAUUACGGUGGAGCAGCAGCGGAGGGAGAAGGGGCGAUGCUGCUCGCCAUCAGCUUCUUAGUGGUUCAACUUAGUUGGUUGUAGGGUGCCAAAACCCUCUUUUCUCUUGUUAGGGGACAUUUGCCUGGGGUUUUUUUUUUUUUGGGGGGGG